AUUAGAUCGAUUAGAUUGAAAUUUGACCAAUCAUGGUUUAUCUUCUUCCCUCCAUAUUGGAAUGAGAAGAACAAACUCUGAACUAGUGCAGCCAGUUGAGCUGAAAAGAACAGACCCGUCAACUUUAGAUUGGAAGGCGGGAAAACGAGGAGAAAAGAGAAAGUCUAACCUGUGCGCGAUGAAUGUGUAGUGUGAUGACUAGAAAUGUAAUAUCAAAUGAUUUAUCCAAUGAAUUCGUAGAGUACAGAAAACUUUUACGCACUUGAUGUGACUGCCUAAUUUCUUAGCACCGUGUUUACUUUUUAUUCGUAAUUGUUUAGUGUAUCUCGUGUGUACGAUGGCUGAUAAUAAAUGUGUGCAGAUGAUUCAAACCAACUUUUCAUUAUACGGCUUGGUACUGUCAAGGGAGCUUAGAGCAUCUCUCGCAAAGCAGCUAUUAAAAAUACCCCAAGACGAACGUGAAACUUGGCUCAAUAGAAUUAUAGAACUGAUCCUGGCUCAAAACUUGGAUGAUCCACAUGUUAGAGCUGAACAUAUAAAAAUUGCUAUUGAAGAAUGCUUAGAGCCAUACAAAUUGAAAGACACAGAAACAGUUUUCAAUGUUAUAAGCGGAUAUGACAUACCGAAGAUAAAAUAUGACAUUUCUAAAAAGAAAUUUAUUAUUGACAAUGAAAACUCGUACACUGAAACGCAAUAUAAGUCGUUGGUUUUUCGACAUCGCUUCGAAAUGGCAUGGUACAAAACUCUGAGGCAUAAGGAAUUUCUGUCUUCUAAAUUUGAGAAACAGCAAACUGACAAAACAAAUUUGAUACCUAUUGAAUAUCUAUUAAGCGAGCUGAGAAUGGGAAAAGUAUGUAUAAUGGGUUUGAUAACGCAAUUAAUGGAAGACCAAUAUUAUUUGGAAGAUAUAAGCGGAACUGUCAAGAUUGACCUCAGCAAUACAGAUUUUCAGGAUACUUUUAUAAUGGAAGGUUGCAUAGUAAUAGCUAAUGGUGUUUACAAGGAUGAUGUAUUACAUAUAGAAAGUAUCAACCUUCCGCCAAUAGAAUCGUCGGAAAGCUUGCGAUCAGAUUUUGGAGAUAGAAAUACAUUUGGUGGACCGCAUAACAUAUCAUUAAAAAUGUCAGAAAAAUUACAAGUCCACGAAGGGAACAACCAGGAUGGAAUGAUAGUAUUCAUAGCAGAAUUAUGGUUGGAUGUUCCACAGGUCUUACAGAAAUUUAAAACAGUACUGAGUGGCUACAUGGAUUAUCCUCCCAUAGCUUUUGUAUUGUGUGGUCAUUUCUUAAGUUUUCCUACAAAUGUAACUAGUGCGCAAGCUUUGAUAACGGGUUUUAAAAAUUUGGUUGACAUAAUAAUAGAAUAUACAAAUUUAAAGGAAUCUUCGAAAUUUGUGUUUGUGCCUGGCCCACACGAUUUAGGCUCUCCAAAAAUUUUACCGAAACCUCCCUUACCCAAAUGCAUUAUCGAAGAAGUCACAAAAAUGAUACCCAGUGCUAUUUUUACCACAAAUCCGUGUAGAAUACAGUACUGCACGAAGGAGAUUAUAAUAUUGAGAGAAGAUAUGUUGACGAAGAUGUGUAGAAAUGCGCUUCGUUUUCCGAAAGAGGAACACUUUUAUAAACAAUUUGCCAAAGCCAUAAUCAGCCAGUCACACCUGACCCCUGUACCUCUUCAAGUUGUUCCAAUAUAUUGGAAAUACGACCAUGCUCUACAGAUAUUUCCAACACCAGAUCUCAUUGUGAUUGCUGAUAAUUUUGAAACGUACACGACUAACUAUUCCGAUUGUUACGUGAUAAAUCCCGGAAUGUUCUCCAAAAAUAAUUUUUCGUUUCAAACUUACGUACCUGCUGCUAAUCAGAUUCAAGAUUGUCAACUGCCAAGCGACACCAAUGUUACUUGAGUUGAGAAGAUGGCUAUAUGAAAAAUCGUGGUAAUUUUCUUGUACAGAGACAUUGUAUACAGCUACACUGGAUAUUAAUACAUAAGUGACUCUUUUAUAAUCUUGUAUAUUUAUUUUGCUUUGAUAAUAAAAUCUUGUUUAUUUUUUACAAUAUUUCAAAAACGCGCCGUAUCACUUAAAUUGUAAUUUUUGACACUAUAUAAGCGCGAAACAAAUUAAGCUCAAAGGACAAAAAUAAUUUAAUUACGAAUAGGAUGAUCUCUUACAAUUAAUGUUCUGUGUCCGACGGUACACUAGGAAGUGUUGAGAAAUAACUUUGUGACAAUUUCAAUUCUUAGGAUGGAAUAUUUAUAAUAUCACGAACAAUAAUACCUUUUUCGAACUGUUUACUUCUCGUAUAUCUCCUAUGUUGGGAUUAAUAAGAUAGUGUAUCAAACCUGAAUAGGACACAGAUGGUACGCGUACGCUUACUCUUUCCUAUCAAUUCAUAUAAAUAGAUACAUAGAAUAUUAAACACAGUGUGUCUACCAUUUUGCAAUAUACAUAACAUUAUACAGGUACAGACUGGGCCCCAAUUUAAUUUUUCAAUUUGUUGCACUGGAAGCAUAAGUUAAUUACUGGCCGUAA